AUGGCGGCUUCCUCUUCUCACCUCGCUUCUGCGUCGGCGCGCUCGGUCUCCGUGUCCGUUCCCGUCCCUAGAUCCGUCGGCGGUUUCAGAUUCGAGCGCCCCGGAGGUGGGUCGGACAGGUUGCUGGCCCUCGGGGGGAUCGGGAGCGGUCGGAGGCGCUCGGCGAGGUCGCUCUCCGUGAGGAGCGUCGCCAGCGAGCGCGAGACCAAGGAUGCAGCCUCACCCAACGAAGGCAUGCGUUUCCUGCUCUCUGUCGUAUUCGGAUUGUAGAUUGAUCGAUUUGGUUUUUUGAUCUGUUUUUGAGCUGGUAGUUUCUGCUGCACGACCGGGUUAUGGUUUUCGUCCGAUUUCUUUGUGUGAUCUCCUUGAUUUUUUUGAGGACUUGUAGGCAAUAGGGUGACGAUACAUUCAGCCACCCAAAGAAGCCGUGCUUACUGUAUACUUAAUUCUAAUCACGUGUAGAUAGGACAGGUGCCCUUUGAAUGCUUUCUCUCGGAAUAGGCUGUCCUGCCUAGCUUGCUUUACGUGUAUCAGGAGAAUUUUCCAUAUAGAAGGCGUCCGCUUUACCAGCAGCUACAGUACACUUGGAUGCUAGCCACUAAUUUUCAAGAACUAUAUGCUAUAAUGGGUUGCAUCGUCUCUGAUGCGUAGAGCAUUUUGGAGUUUUAGCUUGUGAGCCUUCACGCUCGGUUUUAGCACAGUGACAGAAGGAUUUUAACUGGCUCAUGUCAUGAUAAAAAAAAUAUCCCAGAAAAGAAAAAAAUGAUUUCCUAAUGCCCAUAAAUUACACGGUCACAAUCCUCAAUUCUUCUUCCUCUACGUUUAUAUACUUUAAACUAAUUUGGUUUUUCAGUUAGUGUCAGUCUGUUCGUUAUCGAUUUCGGUCGUGGUUAUAUGAUGAGAGAAAAAUCCUCAGCGGCGAAUUUGUGUUGCAGGGAUUCCUUUUGUUCUAAACUCUCCUGUGAAUGAUCCUGCAUCCAUUGCAUCCAGCAUCAAAUACCACGCAGAGUUUACACCCUCAUUCUCUCCGGAAUGUUUUGGACUCCCCAAGGCUUAUGUCGCUACAGCUGAAAGUGUCCGUGAUGCACUUAUCAUAAAUUGGAAUGCGACCAAUGACUAUUACGAAAAAACCAACGUGAAACAAGCAUACUACCUCUCCAUGGAAUUCCUGCAGGUCACUCCUCAAUAUCCUUUUGUUAUUAUGAUGUCUAAAACAUUGUCAACGUUCUUGUUAGUUUAUAUUUUUAUUUUAAACUUAUUGGUUAUGAAUGGAUGCUCUUUAGAUUCUGUCACUGGAAAUGUAACUUGAUUUUCUUGUUCUGGCACAGGGUAGAGCACUAUCAAAUGCAGUUGGUAAUUUAGAGCUGACCGGUGCAUAUGCAGAGGCUUUGAAAAAACUUGGUCAUAGCCUUGAGGACGUGGUAAAGCAGGUAGGCCACUUUUCUCAGUUCAACGAGACUAGCACAGCUCGUAUAACAUGAAAAGAUUAGAACCGGUAAUUUUCUGCCAAUGUGGUAUUCAUGAAUCACAAAAUAUGUUUCUGCAUAAUCAAGUGGCAUCUUCGACUCAUUCAUAUUUAUAUAAAAAUACUGAAGGAUGUACACUGUCUUGACAAACAGGAACCAGAUGCUGCUCUCGGAAACGGUGGUCUCGGUCGUCUCGCCUCCUGUUUUCUGGAUUCUCUUGCAACAUUAAACUAUCCUGCGUGGGGUUACGGCCUCAGAUACAAGUAUGGCUUAUUCCAGCAGCAUAUAACCAAAGAUGGUCAGGAGGAAGUUGCAGAAAGUUGGCUUGAGGUUAAAUUCUCCCGACAUCUGUCAUGUUUCAUUUAAGGAUAUUCUUUUAUCGGUGAUCUCAUGUGUGUUUGUUAUUGCAAUGAUUGAAUCUAUUUGUGCAUCUUUCCGAUGCUUCGGUUUGACUCACUGACAAUUUUUCUUGGACUGUUGGUCCAUUUUGUCAUCUGAUUCAAGUUGAUCAGUUGUUGAAUGAUUGAUGCAUUAUACUGAUAUUUCUACUGCAGAUGGGAAACCCGUGGGAAAUCGUUAGACAUGAUGUCUCCUACCCAGUGAAAUUUUAUGGAAAAGUGGUUGUCGGUUCUGAUGGGGCGAAACACUGGAUUGGCGGGGAGAACAUAAAAGCUGUUGCGUAUGAUGUUCCGAUACCUGGGUAUAAAACCAAGACCACAAUUAAUCUUCGUCUGUGGUCAACAAAAGUGUCAUCCCAAGAUUUUGAUUUACAAUCCUUCAAUUCUGGACACCAUGCAAAAGCAAACGAGGCCCAUGCAAAUGCUGAAAAGGUUUGCAUUCUUGCAAUAUAAAAUACGAUUGAGAAUGGUUGUUUUUCUUGUUGAACUCUUCUUUCUCUGUAAACCUUGGUUUUUAUGAUUACAAUAUAGAAAAUGCAUUCUGAUGUGAGGCCUGAUUUUCGACAUGGAAAUACAUGUACAUCCUUAGAGGUUCUGUGGGAUGAAGGAAUCCUGUGGAUGAGUUCUUGUAAACUUAAUUUUGAUGUGUUUUUUUUCUGAAUUUCAGGUCCUAUUUUAUUUCAUCAGAGAAUAUUCAUUUUUUUUUAAAAAUGGAUACACUAUUUUAGUGUUUAUUAUUUCAUUAAUUUCUCUUUAUAGAAAAAGCGUUCCCACGUGGAUCCUGUAGGGCGGUAUGUUGAUACGUUUCAUUCAAGUUUUUUUGUGCUUGUUUGAUAGACUUUUGUGUUAUUUCCUUGUUUUCUGCCAAUCCUUAAAAAACUUUGGUUUUGAUAGAUUUGCUACAUCCUUUAUCCCGGAGAUGAAUCAUUGGAGGGAAAGACUCUUCGUUUGAAGCAACAAUAUACUCUGUGCUCUGCUUCUCUUCAAGACAUUAUUGCGCGUUUCGAGAGGAGGUCGGGAAAAUCUUUGAAUUGGGAAGAAUUCCCGAAGAAAGUUGCAGUGCAGAUGAACGAUACCCACCCAACUUUGUGCAUUCCGGAGCUUUUGAGGAUAUUGAUGGACGUCAAAGGUCUGAGCUGGAAAGAGGCCUGGAAUAUUACUAAGAAGUAAGUUUCAACAUUAGAACUUUAGUAAUAUCUCCCUUUAAAGUUUUAUUACUUGAAGAAUCAAGGGGAAAAUUUUAUUCUCUUUUUCACGCUAAAAUUUAAUUGAUACACUCAAGUAGCUUUCUCAUGCUGCCACAUAUCAGCAUAACUUUUUUGAGGAUCCUUUAGUUAAAUGGAAAAUGUUGAUUUUGUAACUGUAUCCUACAAACGAGUUAAUAUGCCAGAAGGUGUGGCUUUUGGAAACUUUUACUUUUUGAUCUGAAUAUGAUAUCAACGAAUAGGGGUAGCUUGCCGUGUCAAACAUGCGAUUCCACCAAUAUUUCCUGAACCCCUUUCAAAGUGGCAUCCAUUCAUUGACAGGAUAGGAUACCCUGUGAAGAUUUUCGUUAUUUACCAAGUCCAGCAUAUUUGCCAGUUCAAACCUUUUAUUAACCAUCAGCCUGUUUUUACCUCAGAGAAACUUCGUUGACUUGUGGAUGGAAAUAUCAUAAACCAAUUUUUUAAUUUGAUGAAAUAUUUUAUACAUGGUUGGGGUAUCAUACAUCAUGUAUGAUUCAUCAAGUGUACCAUAUGUACCGAUGUGAUCUUGUUGGUAAUUAAAAUACGAAGCAUUUUUCCUGCAUGCUGAAAUAUAGAUGUUUGAGUUUGAACAUCGCAAUGUUGAAUCUAGUAAAGACAGUCCAGGUAGGAUCUAUACUUGUUUUACAGUUUUGAGGAACAUUGUUUUUUUUUAUCGGCAUUAUGAAAACAUAUGAUGCAUCAGUCAAUUCCAAGUACGCUAUAACUUUAGUAUCAGACUUAUUAAAUGGGCAGUAGGUUUUAAAAAAAAAACAUUAUCUUGUAUAAUUAUCGUGGCUAAUAAACAUGUUUACGUCUUUAUGCUGAGCGUCUUCUACGUUUUAGUCGAAAUGAUGUUCUUCUCUUUCCAUUGACUCGAAAGCUUUUUCUGUGGUAAUUAUCAUAACAUUAACAAAAAGCUGGUGAUUUUUGCUUCGACCCUGGUCAAAUGGUGCUCAUUUUUUAUUUAUCAAAUGACUUUGACCCCAGAACCGUGGCAUACACCAACCACACAGUUCUCCCCGAGGCUCUUGAGAAAUGGAGUCUCGAUCUUAUGCAGAAGCUUCUUCCUCGGCAUGUUGAAAUCAUAGAAAGUAUUGAUGAAGAGGUAGUCUCUUUGUGGGAAAUUAUAAAGGAUUUUUUUUAACACUAAAUUUUAUUGGCUAUUCUAACUUGGAAUUAUUUAUAUCUAAACAGCUAAUUCAGACCAUUAUUUCCGAGUAUGGAACCGCAGAUCUUGAUCUGCUGCAGAAAAAAUUGAAAGAGAUGAGAAUUCUUGAGAACCUUGAUUUCUCUCCUUCUGUCGCACAAUUGUUUGUUAAACCCAAGAAAGCUAAAUCAAAAAAGAAAGUGUUGGUUGCUGAUGUGCCUAAGAGCGAGGAAGUUGAGUCCGAAGAUCAGGAAUCUACUGAUGAAGAAUCUACUGACGAAGAAUCUACUGACGAAGAAUCUAGUGAUGAAAAACCAGAAAAAAAGGAACCAAAAUCUACACUCCCGAAAAUGGUCCGGAUGGCAAACCUUUGUGUUGCUGCUGGUCACGCAGUCAAUGGUGUUGCGGCAAUUCAUAGUGAGAUCGUGAAAGACGAGGUGUUUAACGACUUUUACAAGGUGACAAUUCCUGGGGCCUAGACUACACUCACGUUUAUUUUCAGAAUUUUUUUGGUGCCUCCACGUCUUAUCCGAUGCCUUAAAUUCAUAGUUCUAUCAUCCACAUGUCUUGAGUUCUAUUACACUCACUCUUUCUUUCUUUUUCUUUUUUUUUGGCUUCUUUGCUGUUUCUAGAUGUGGCCUGAAAAGUUUCAGAACAAGACCAAUGGCGUGACUCCAAGACGGUGGCUAAGCUUCUGCAACCCUGACUUGAGUGAGAUUAUAACCAAGUGGCUUGGCACAGAUGACUGGAUUCUAGACACCGAGAAACUGGGAGAGCUUAGAAAGGUGAUCCAUCUUUUCCUAUGAAGUCUUUUGAAUACAAAGCUUAUCUAUGCGGUCUGAAGUCAAAGAACACGCCUAAAUCUGGAAUCAUUUCAAAAAAUUACGCGUUGCUCUUUCCAUUUCUUCCUACCACCCUAAAUCUGCUAGCCUGACAUUGCCUGCGUGGUGUCCGCAGUUUGCCGACAAUGAAGAUCUCCAAGCCGAAUGGAGGGCCGCCAAGCUGAGCAACAAGCUGAAGGUCGUCUCUCUGAUCAAGGAAAGAACAGGAUACGUUGUCAGCCCAGACGCAAUGUUCGACGUGCAGGUAGAACACGAUAAUCUUUUCUUCUCUGGCUUCUUCAAGAUCUGAACUAGGAAACGGGCUCUCAGGUGAAGCGCAUCCACGAGUACAAGCGCCAGCUGCUGAACAUCCUGGGAAUCGUCUACCGCUACAAGAAAAUGAAGGAGAUGUCAGCCGAAGAAAGAAAAGCGAAGUUCGUCCCUCGGGUGUGUAUCUUCGGAGGCAAGGCGUUCGCCACAUACGUCCAGGCGAAGAGGAUAGUGAAGUUCAUUACCGAUGUGGCUGCCACCGUGAACAAUGACCCCGAGAUUGGAGAUCUCCUCAAGGUGCGUCUCGGACUUGUUGGACGAAUAUUUCUUAUGAUCCGCGUUGACCUGCUAAAUUGCUUAUUCGGGUCAACUGCACGAGCUUUUCAAUUGAAUCGGGCAUGCAUCUUCAGGUCAUCUUCGUUCCUGACUACAAUGUCAGCGUCGCUGAGCUGCUCAUUCCCGCCAGUGAACUAUCCCAGCACAUUAGGUAUACUUAUACUCGCCGUCAGAUGGGAUUAUUUUUCCUUUUUGGAUUCCCGAGUCAAUGCACUGAUCUCUCUCUCUCUCUCCCUCUCUCUUUCUCUCUCAGCACUGCUGGGAUGGAGGCCAGCGGAACCAGCAACAUGAAAUUCUCAAUGAACGGCUGCGUCCUGAUCGGCACCCUCGACGGAGCCAAUGUGGAGAUCAGAGAAGAGGUGGGAGAAGAUAACUUCUUCCUCUUCGGCGCUCGGGCCGAGGAGAUCUCAGGCCUGAGGAAAGAGAGAGCGGAAGGGAAGGUAACCCCCAUCCCACCCACUCAGUGAUGAACAACAAACACGGCCCUCUUGACCGGUCUAAUCUCUCUCUCUCUCUCUACUGUGUGUGAUGCAGUUUGUGCCGGACCCACGGUUCGAGGAGGUGAAGAAAUACGUCCGAAGCGGGGUGUUCGGGAGCUACAAUUACAGCGACCUGAUCGGGUCCUUGGAAGGGAACGAGGGCUUCGGCCGCGCGGACUACUUCCUCGUCGGCAAGGACUUCCCCAGCUACAUCGAGUCCCAAGCCGAAGUUGACGAAGCCUACCGCGACCAGAAGGCGAGUUAGCCAUUUACUCUCUCCCUUCUCUUCGUUACGCGACGAUUUUUCUGACACGGCCUUCUUUCUCUCCCUCUCUCUCUCGACGCCAGAAAUGGACGCGGAUGUCCAUACUGAACACGGCGGGCUCCUACAAGUUCAGCAGCGACCGGACGAUCCAUGAGUACGCCAAGGAAAUCUGGAACAUCGAGCCGGCUCCGCUUCCUUGA